AUGGCCGCAAGGCUUGCGAUGCACAUUACGUUGAGAUUGCGUUGAGUUUGUUUAUCGCGACGUUUCCGUGGCAAGAAAAAUUCUGUGACUUUCAUUCGACGCGGGCUAAUUAUUGCCGUGUAUCUCUGUAAAAAGUACGUUCGGCUGAAUCGUAUUUGUCAGAGUGGCUCACAGAAACUACGCGUUUGCUCCUCUUGACAGAUCUGUCCCGUGUUCGGAGCAGUACCUACUCGAGUGCCACGAGAAGUGUCGUUACAUCGUCAUUUUGGGUGACUUUCUUGUAGUAGAAGCCAUUCUAAUGACGUCGCGUAUGUGAUAGAACGAUACGAAAGGAGCCUUUGCCGACACGGGGACGGCGACCCCACACCCGUCGGCAAUUCUUUUUCUUCUCACCCUUGUUGGAGACACGCGCAUCGAAAGCGUCUAAGAUAAGAUGGCGGAGGAUGGCGCCGGAGGGUCGGGAAAUAGCAGCACCGGGGAGGCAAGCCGGUUGCAGCUGUUGCAAGAAAUGCGGCAGCAAAAUUUUGAUAGCAUUCGAUUUGCGUCGUACCGCACUGCAUGCAAAUUGCGAUUUAUUCAGAAGAAAGUUCACUUACAUAACGUGGAUAUAUGGAAUGUAAUCGAAGCAUUUCGGGAAAACGGUUUAAACACUUUGGAACCAUCCAGCACAUUGGGAGUUUCGAGGCUGGAAACUUUAUUGUCUUCCUUAUUCCAUGCCCUUAAUAAACGAGUGCCUGUUUCGCAACAAGCCAAAGUCGAUGCUACAACCGCUCUGUUGAUGAACUGGUUACUUGCUGCCUAUACUACAGGGGAAAACAAUAAGAUAUCCGUUUUCUCCGUGAAAGUAGCGUUAGCUACGUUAUGUGCUGGGAAACUAAUGGACAAAUUUCGAUAUAUAUACUCACAAAUAUCGGAUAGCAAUGGUCACAUGAUACACUGGAGAUUCUCUGACUAUUUGAAGGAAGUUCUAGCGUUAACGGCUGCUGUUUACGAAUCGCCUUCUUUUGGAUACUCCGAGGGUCUUGCCAAUUCAAUAUUUCCCCAAAAUUCGAAAGUCACGGUUAACGAUUUUUUGGAUACGCUUAUGUCUGAUCCAGGACCACACUGUUUAAUCUGGCUUCCAUUGUACCAUAGAAUGGCUGCUGUUGAAACAGUGGCCCAUCCUGUCAUGUGUGACGCGUGUCACAAAGAGAACUUCACCGGCUUCCGAUACAGAUGUCAGAAAUGUCACUCGUACCAGCUCUGUCAAGAUUGUUUUUGGCGCGGUAAAGUUUCUGGGACACAUAAUAACGAUCAUGAAACAAGGGAGUACAGUAGUUUUAAAUCACCGAGCAAACAGAUUGGUCAUUCCUUACGAAAGAGCUUCAGAUGCGUACCUGAAAAGGGGAAGAACAGUUUACCGAGAUUUCCGGAACAACCUGAGAAGACGUUAGAUUUAUCACACAUAGUCCCGCCAUCACCUUUACCAUCUCACAACGGUUUUCCAGAUCCAGGUUUCAUGGCUCCUUUCGAUUCCGGAUCGAUGGACAGCCGUUCUACUUUAAGGAGUAUGGAUAGUUCAAGACUGGAUGAUGAACAUAAAUUAAUAGCACGAUACGCACAAAGGUUGGCUCAGGAAGCUAGGACUAUGCCUCGUGCCGCAUCCAGAAUGUCGCAAGCUGACCAAGCAGGUAGGGCACCAUCUGAUGCUAAUUUGGCGUCAUUAGAUGCCUCGAGAGCACAACGCGAACUUAUAUCGCAGUUAGAGGCAAAGAACAAGGAAAUAAUGCGCGAGAUUGCAAGGUUAAGGAGACAACAAGAAAUAGAAGCGGCUGGUUUGGAAAAUCCUGCAUUAAUGUCUGAACUGAGAGCCUUGAGGCAAAGAAAAGAUGAGUUAGAAACUCAUUUAGCAACAUUGCAAGAUUCUAGAAGACAAUUAAUGGUGCAACUGGAAGGUUUAAUGAAAAUGUUAAAGAAUCACCAGGCAUCUCCAAGGUCAACACCAAAUAGUUCACCACGAAGUACAAAGUCACCACCUUUACCUCCUGGUGCAGUGCCAAGUAGUAGAUCAGCUCCACCAACUCCAGGUGGUCCACUUUCUACAACUCCACAACAACAACAACAACAACAGCAGUCGCAAAGUCAACAACAAAUGUCUCAAAGCUACCAGAGUCCCGUUCCAACGACAUCAGUGGCGAGUGUAACUAAUAAUACCAUGCUGGGAACAAUACAAAAUCCUAUUCCAGAUAACUUAUCAUGUGUUGGAGGCGACGUAAGGUCUGCGUUCAGGACAAACAGCUUGCCAGGGAGUGGUUCCAGCAGUGCGAAUAAUAGCUUGGGCCGAUCCUUACGAAAUGACUUAUUGGUAGCUGCUGACAGUGUUACUAAUGCCAUGUCAACACUCGUGAGGGAAUUGAAUUCGGACUCAGACCAGGAGGAUCAUUCUCACAACUCUGGCCGAAUUAACAUCAGAAAGCCGUUAGAUUUCGAGGCUGGCGAGGAUGGUGAUGAUAGUAGCGGCGGCGGAAAUUCUUGGCGAGAAGAGCUUCAGCGACGCUAUCAACAGGAGAAUGAUUUCUUGGCUGAAUUGCGUGCACGCAAUGUUAAUAUCUCGCAAACGCCAUCUGCUACCCCAUCCAGCGAGCAAGAACAAGAAAGAGGCGAAAGGGAAGAGGCAGAUGGAGAGAAGGAGGAUGAAAAUGAAUCUAACUGGACAGAACCAGCAAAAAAAUGGGUCAACCGAUAAGUUUGUUAUACAUGACAUUUAUAUGUAUUCUAACGGCUUAGAAACUGCUACCAAAUGAAACGCAAAUAAGUUACUGUAGCUCCACCGGUUAUUUAUGAUAGGCAUAUAUCUGGGUGUUAGUGUGAAAUAUAACCAAUAUGACAUUAGAUUUUGGACAGUAUUUAAAAAAAAUCUUACAGUUUUCGAAGCAGUACUUUUAAUCAAAAAGGUUAUCAUAUCAGCAAACACAGAGGUCAUAAAAUAUCUUGAUACAAAUUUUAACAAACAGGUAAAAUUAAAUAAUAUAAAUUUAUUAAAAAAGUACGAAACUCUUAUUUAGUAUUUGUUAUUUAUCUUUAACAUAUUUUAUGAAAUAAGGAAUUUUAUUGUUUUUCUACUGUUAUUAAAAUAUUGUUUCUAUAUAUUUAAAAUAUUUAUACGUUUUGUUUUAAAACAGAUAUGAAUGAAUUAUCAAUUUCUUUUAUACAUAUGUCGUUUCUUUUAUUUCUGUAACUGUAAUUAAACGCAUUAAAUAUAAUGUUACGAAUAACUGAAACCAAAGAAUAUGACUGGCGGUGUUUAUGGGCCUAAGAUAUAAAGAUCUCUAAAUCAGGCUAAAUAUAAGAAACUUUCUCUAAUUUAUACAUUCACUAAUACUACAUACAAGACACUGCAUUUAUACAAUUUUGUUAUAAAAAUAUGGAAAGACAUUAACUUAAACCUGGACGCUCAGUACGAAACAGACAUUUAGUCUAUCGUAGAUGUUAAAAAUGGAAGAAACUUUUGCACAGGUCUCUUUGACCAACUUUGUACAAGGAGGUAAGUAAAUAUAAUUAAAGAAGUUUUUUAAAGUCGUAAUAAAGAAGAUUGCUAAAUGAACGCUUAGUUGCAGAGUCCCGACGUUUUUUUGUACAUUCAUACGAAUUAGAUACAAUAUUCAAUAUAAACUUUACAAUCAUUAAAAACUUAAAUCAUUGUAUUUUAAAUAUAUUUCAUCGUAUUAGGUGCUUGACUGUAGUCAUACGCGACACAUACAAAUGUCAUAGAAAUUUUUGUAAUGCAUUUUAACUUUUUGUUCUCAUUUUAAUAAUAUACACCUCGGAGCUAAUGACUCAUAAAUAAAAUCUUUUUCAAAUUAUUCAUUGUCAUUAUUAGUUUUAUUUGGCUGUGUACAAUAAUUCAAGAUUUGUAUCGGGUCAAGUUAGGUUCAUCUGCUAUUCUUUAAAUGUACUGUCAGCUGUAAGUACUCGAACAUCUGCUGAAUAUUGAACAACAGUCAUGUAUGUUGACAUACAAAUUAAGAAAGUUUCAAAAAAUGGAAUUGAUUAGUUUCGCUUCUUAGUGAUUUAUCUAUUGGAAUAUCUAAUAGAUUCUAUUUUUAGAGAGAUUUUAUUCUUACUAUUCUACACCAUACUCUAUUUAAAAUUCUAAAAUUAAAUUGUACGUAUUAAAGAUUUUUAAGACCUCGUGCCCUUCUUUUCGUUAUACCACUUAGGGUAAUGCUUAGGAUGCCUUAGAUCAAUUGUAUGUAAUGUACUACAGAAUUCGAAUUGGAUGUAUGAGCUGUUAGAUGACUGGCUAUCGUCGCAUAAUCUUUGGCAACUACUUACAAGGUUUAUGACAGGGUAUUUGUUAUUGAAACAUAAAAAAUGUAAAAGAUAUGAAAAUCCAUUGAAUCAUUAAUAAGUCAGCUAAAUUCUACCUCCCAUAAAUAGCUAUUUCUGAUAUCAUAGACUUAGCCUAGCGGUAAAUUUUUACUUCUGGCAAUUCGGGGAAUCUCAUAUUUAGACUAUGGGCUUUUAUGCGCACAAGUACAAGAAUUCAAAUAUUUAAAAUAUCCAAAGUAGAAUACUCGGUGCAGCAUUUAGUAGAUGAAACAAAUUCCUGUUAGAUUUUAUUCUUUUAGUUCUGUCUUUAAGAAUAUAAAUUUGCAUAAGUAUCCAUAGUCUAUCACUAUUUUUUUGUUGUAAGAUAUUGCUGGGACUCUGACCUAACCAAACUUGACUCGAUCUAAUCGUAAGAUAUCAAUGAUUUCGAAUCUUUGCACAUUUUUAUGUUUUAUUCCUAUAAGAUAUUUACAUGUAUUUAUAAUAAUUAUAAAUCGAAUGACAGUCAUAACAUUAGAAAAACCUAUUACAAUCGAAUUACAAGUUCCUAUCUCCAACAUGCUUUAAAGUAGUUUACUAUAGAACAAUAUUAUUUAUACUUGGGAAAAAAUAAUAUAUUUAUGACCCAAUGGCUUUGAGGUAUUAUAUUAAUGAUAAUGUAUAUAAAUCUCAUCGUUGAUUAUCUAUCAAAUAUAAAAUAUUGAUAUUGAUAGGAAACGCUUAAAUGUAUUGCUUAGGCAUUUUGAACUUAUUUAUUGACUUUGUUUUCUUAACUUUAAAAUCUCCAAAAAAUGAUCACAUUUAAAUGCCUAAGUUUUACAGAGUAAUCAUAAUCACGUCACAUUUAUGAUUGUAUAAUAAAUAAGAAUAGAAGAAUUGACUUUGUUUUAUAUGCUAUAUUUAGUUCCUAGAUUAAAGAUAUACUAUCUCAGUAAAUGAUAAUUAAAUUGUAAUUAAUAUGGAACGAUACACAUUUUGUAAUUUUUACGUGUUGAAUGUAUUCAAAAUGUUCUAUGUAUAUAUUUAUAUGAUUUCGUAAUCAUUUUUGUCUAUAUUGACAGUAGCAACUACGUAAUACAAGUAUUAAAUAAAACGAAAAAAAUUGAAAUCAUAACGUGAAACGUAAAUAAUUGUGCUAGCUAUUAAUAUUUAUUUCCGAUUUUUGUUUAACCUUUAUAGAUAUUUCCAUUUAGAAGUUACAACUAUCGUAUAAAAAUAAUUUUAUUUUACAUCUUAUCGAUAAUAUUAUAAGGAUCCAUAAUAAAUUAUUAUAAUAUUUAAAUA